GUGAAAGAUAGCGAGCUUGCUGUGAACGAGUUAUCGAGAAAUGACACCGCAAUAAAUGACUCGAGCUUUGGGAGUAGACGGACUGAGAUUUGUCUAAGUUGAAAGAUAGGUGGCGUAAAUUGUGAUAAAGAUGAUGUUGGAUUACGAGUGGGGGAAUCCGGCGGCGGUGACACCAGCCAUGCUGCUAUUCGGAGAGGAGAACGGCGGCGAUGACCUCGUGCGGCAACAGGCGACAGUGUUCGACCACUUUGCAGGACAUGGCAUCGGCAGCGGUGGAAGCACCGACUUCUUCCCCCAGGCGCAGCCGCUGAUGGCUGCAGCGUUCUUCCCGGCACCGACGCCCGCAUCUUCGACCUGGCACCAGAGAAAUGGAAUGGAAUUUCCACCACUGCCGGCGAGGAUCGGGCUUAACCUCGGAGUGCGCACCUAUUUCUCAUCAGCAUCACCCGCCGAUGGGGGCGGAGUGGUGACUGGAAGAGUCUGCCGCCGGCGGACCCGCAUAGCUCGGUGCCAGGCCGAGGGAUGCAGUAUGGAACUCACCCAUGCGAAGCAUUACCACCGCCGCCAUAAGGUGUGUGAGUUCCACUCCAAGGCUUCCGUCGUCAACGUUGCAGGCCUUUCUCAGCGCUUCUGCCAGCAAUGCAGCAGGUUUCAUGUGCUGACUGAGUUCGACCAGGGAAAACGAAGCUGCCGAAAGCGGUUAGCCGAUCACAAUCGUCGCCGGAGAAAGUCUCAGGAGCUGGCGACGAACACCGUAACCCCGAUCCAGAACAGCGACAGUAGCAUUACACCCAUCGAUACCGCAGUGGGCAACGACUUGACCGAGGGCGACACGAUCUUGUUCACCACAAGUAGCCGCAACACGACAGCUCCAACAGCAUUCACCAGGUGUAAACCAGAGAACGAAUCACCGGUGACGCACAUGUCGCCGCCUCGCGUACCAUCGAUGAUGUUGCCACUCUCGACAACACGCAUGGCAAAGGAGAUGGCGCUGGGGAUCGGCUGCAGCAGCGUUAGAGCUGGAGCGUCGUCCACGGCGGAAAAUUCACCGCCGGGUGCGCCGUUCCUGGUGCAACUAGGGGAGUUCGGAGUCCACCACCGGAGUUUUACCGCUUAGGACGAGGAGGCCGUGAGCAGCAUUAACCGAUAGAAACAAGCAGCAGUAGGAGUGCCGCUACUAUCUUGUGCUUUCGUUGGUUUCUACGAUGUCUUAAGGUCCCUUUUGCUUCUAAUAAAAGAAA